AUGCAUCGCAUCCGCUUUCCACAGUCCCCAUCCUUGAGCGAAUCCCACCUUCGGCCACUCCACCUGCGCCGCCACUCCAACGCCUUCCUCCACCACUGCCGCCACUCCAACGCCUUCCUCCACCGCCGCCUCCGGGAGAUUGAAAUGACAACAGCUGGUCCUAGCGAUUCGCCUCUUGUUGCUCAAAGGUUACUAGGAAAAGUCGCUUUAGUAACCGGAGGUGCAACCGGUAUCGGAGAGAGCAUCGUGCGUCUUUUUCACAAACACGGUGCAAAAGUUUGUAUAGUCGACAUCAACUCCCACCUCGGCGAACACUUAUCCAAAUCCCUCGGUCCCACCACCCGUUUCAUCCACGCUGACGUGGCAAUUGAGGACGACAUCUCCCGUGCAGUCGACUUCACAAUCUCCAAUUUCGGCACACUCGACAUCAUGGUCAACAACGCCGGUAUGGGCGGGCCACCAUGCCCCGACAUACGUGAAUUCCCCAUUUCGACCUUCGAACAAGUCUUCAAUGUCAACACCAAGGGCACGUUUAUCGGGAUGAAACACGCAUCUAGGAUCAUGAUCCCGUUGAAAAAAGGCUCGAUUGUUAACAUUGCCAGUGUCGCGAGUGUUAUAGGAGGGGUGGGCCCGCAUGCGUAUACCGCGUCCAAACACGCGGUUGUGGGGUUGACGAAGAGUGUGGCGGCGGAGCUUGGGAAACAUGGGAUUCGUGUGAAUUGUGUGUCGCCGUACGCGGUUUUGACAGACCUCGCGUUGGCACAUCUUCAUGAGGAUGAACGGACGGAUGAUGCCAAGGCGGGGUUUCGGGCUUUUUCCGGGAAGAAUGCUAAUUUGCAGGGUGUCGAGUUGGUGCCUGAUGACGUGGCGAAUGCGGUGUUGUUUUUAGCGAGUGAUGAUGCGAGGACGAACAAGCCUCAAAAUCAAAAAACCACCUUCCAUAACUCUCUCCUCAACCCUCCCAAGAACCGACAACAAGAUCUUCAUGAGUUCAAAAAACAGUCUGGCAUUCAACGUUUCCUGUAA